GACCGCUCUGUCCUUCCCCCCUGCUGUGACAGCGUUACAAUUGAGCUGCGAUCGUUUCUGUCUUUAGUUUGAAUGUAAAAGUGCUGGAGUUUCUGUUGCACGAGGACACGGGGAGGUAAGGUGCAUUAUGCAAGAAAAGGACAUGACUUAUGAUAAAUGGAAGCAGCCAGGAUGGAGGAUUGAGCAGAAAUAUGCCAACAAAGUGCUCAUAGGCAACUGGGCUGAGGAAAGACUGCAGUUCUCUCAGAAGUGUAACACAGCACAAAGUAGCAACAGGCUGGACUUCAAGCCUCAUCCAGACCACAAACCAGAUGUGAUCGUGAGGCGGACGGCGAUUCGUAGAUCUGAGGGUCUUCCUACCAGACUCCUCUUCUCCCACCAUAACACUCCCACUUCACAUUACUUGGUCACACUCUAUGACGAGUCUUAUAGUCGACAUAGCUCCACUGGCCUUCCCAAGCUCCGCACAUGGCACACUGACAAGAUGGGUUGGAUCCCUGAGAAGUCAGAUCAUCCGCUUUAUGGCCCUCCGACCAACUAUGGUCUGACAGAGCUUUGGCGAGCGCAGCUGGAGAAGCAGCAGGCGGGGUCGCACAUGCACAGUAUGUACAGAGCGGCGUAUCCAGUGCAUCCCACAGAUGCAUUCUGUCAGCCUCGACAUGCCAGAGCGCCACGCCUGACCUCCGUCAGAAAGAAGGACCUGAAAAUAAACCACAUGCAAGGAAAUGCUGCUAGACCAAUGUCACCUCUGCCAUGUGUGUAACCCUGAUUUUAUCAGAUUGAUUGUGUGGAAAAAUGCACAUACAUAUCGUUAAUGAUUCAAAAUAGCAUCUAUAUAUACACCUCUUAAUAGAGAACAUUGAACAUUGUAAA